AUGCGCCAAUCGCGAGACAGCCGCAAGGCCUACCGUAGGAACAAGCAACAACAAGCCGUCGACGCCAAGGCCGCGGACGAGGCCAAAUACUUCUGGCAGUGCGUGGACAGGGGCGGCGCCGCGCCGCCGCUCGCCGGCGCGCGCGAGUUGUUUGGGCAGCAGUCGACGGGCAUCAAUUUUGCGCAGUACGAGAAGAUCCCCGUGACGCGCGGCAAGGGCACGCCGUCGAACAAAGAGAUCGCGCCUUUACAAUCUUUUAGGGACGUGAACGGCGUGCCGCCGUGGCUCAAGGCGACGCUUACGGGUAAAGACCGGUUGAACUACGAGACGCCGACGCCCAUCCAGAAGCACACGAUCCCGCUGGCCCUCGCGGGCCACGACGUCGUCGCGACGGCGCAGACGGGCAGCGGCAAGACCGUCGCGUUUUUGCUGCCUUGUUUAACCGCGGCGAGCGCCGCGGCGAAAGAAAGAAGGAAGGCCAAUCAGAAGGGCCCGGCGACGCCCUCGACCUUAGUCCUGGCACCUACGAGGGAACUCGCGACGCAGAUCGCCGAGGAGUGCGCGAAGUUGUGCUUCGACGCCCCAAGACAGCAAAAGAACUGGUGCGUCUGCUGCUACGGCGGGGCCAACGCGCGGCCGCAAUUGUCAUUUCUGGCGAGAGGUGUCGAGGUCCUCGUGGCGACGCCGGGUCGACUCGUUGAUUUCCUCGAGAGGUCGACGCAGCGCGGGCCCCUCGUCGACCUAUCGAACGUGCGCUUCGCGGUGCUAGACGAGGCCGACCGCAUGCUCGACAUGGGCUUCGAACCGCAACUGAAAAGGAUCGUGGCCUACCUGCCGUCGUCGCUCCAGCGGCAGACGCUCAUGUUCUCGGCGACCUUUUCGCAAGCGGUGAAGGGUGUGGCGCAGACGUACUUGGACGGGAGUCGACUGGCGGAAGUCACGGUGGGGCGGGUCGGGUCGUCCGUGGCGAGCAUCUCGCAGUUCCUGGUCGAGGCGCCGCGGAGCGGCCGGAAGCAGGACAAGUUCCCUUUGUUAAGGGACGUGUUGGUGCCCAAUGAAAAAACGAUAGUGUUCGUGCAACGAAAGCGGGACACGGCCUGGGUCUGUAGAGAGUUAAGAAAGAAGCUGAACGUGCGGGCCGAGGACAUUCACGGGGACCGGAACCAGUCGCAGCGCGAAGCGGCGCUCGCGGCCUUCAAGGCCGGGCGCUGCGACGUGCUUUGUGCUACGGACGUCGCCGCACGAGGGUUAGAUGUGACGGACGUGCAACACGUCGUACAGUUCGACCUGCCACAAGAUGAAUUUGAUACCUACGUCCAUAGGAUCGGCCGGACGGGCCGGGCGGGGAAGACGGGGCGGGCGACGGCGUUUUUCGUGCCUGGCUACGAGACGAACCGCGGGAACCAGGAUCUACACCGCGAUUUGGUGCGGUUGUUCAAGGAGAACAAGCAGCCUUUACCAUCGUGGUUCCUCGACACGCAGAACCCGCGCUCGGCGAAGAAUAAUGGUCAUGUGGAUGCGAAGCGGGCGGGCUCGUACGGCGACCGCGGCGGUGACCGCGGCGGCAACGGCUACGCGGACCGCGGCGGAAAGGGCGGCGGGCGCGGCGGCGGUCGCGGCAAGGGUUCUGAUGGCGGGCGCGGCGGCCGCGGCGGCUUCGACGGCGGCCGGGGCGGCGGCCGGGGCAAGGGCAAGGGCGGCAAAGGCGGCAAAGGGCGCGAGCGCCGCUACGACGACGAGGCGCCGCUGCCUGGCACGCGCGCCGAGGCCAUCCAGCGCGAGCGCGCGGCCAAGGCCAAGGCCAAGGCGCAGGAGCCCGAGCAGCCGGCCUUCCGCAACCACCGUGAGUACAUCGCCUGGCUCACGAAGCAGAAGGAGGCGCAGGAGAAGCGCGACGCGGCGCCGCCGCCGGCACCGCGCCAGAAGAAAAACGGCGCGCCGCCGCCGCCGCCGCCGUCCUUCGUCGAGAACGGCAAGGGGCGCGGCGGGCGCGGCGGCGGCCGCGGGCGCGGCGGGCGGGGCCGCGGCGGGAAGGGUGGCCGCGGCGACGCGAAGAAGAAGGUCGAGGUCAUCGACGUGACGGCGCCGGCGAAGUCCCGGCGGCGCGGCAGCAGGAAGGGUGCCGAGUGA